GUAGGUAGGACGUCUGAUCAGAGAACCGAUCUGCUCUGUUACUGUCUGCACUUGCACAAUGAAGCAUACACUGCUGUUGUGGGCCCUUAUCCUAAAUGCCUCGCUCAAGCCCUCAGAGAACCACAGUUCUGCAACUGAUGGUGGAGCUGAGGUGAAGGACUAUGAGGUGGUUCGACCUGUCAGACUUCACACAGUCAGAAAAAGACAUGCAGAGCAUCUCAGGCCACAGACUAUUAAGUAUGCAAUGACAGUGGGAGGAAAAGACAUCGAAAUGCAUCUAGAAAAAAACAAUGAAUUACUCACCCAAGACUACACUGAGACCUACUACAAAGAAGAUGGAACUCAAGUGACCACAACUCCAGAUGACAUUGAUCACUGCUACUAUCAUGGCAGGAUUGUUAAUGACAAUGAAUCAUCAGUUAGUAUCAGUGCUUGUGAUGGACUCAGGGGUUAUUUCAGAACAGCUGAGCAAAGGUACCUGAUUGAGCCACUGUCUGGUGAUGAUGAGGGAGAUCAUGCAGUGAUGAAGUACGGUAACCAGAACUCCACACCUAGAGUAUGUGGUGUCACCAACACCUCCUGGAGCUUGGACUUUGAACCCCCAACAAGCCGCAGUCGCUCCGGAUCGGGGGGUAUUUUCUACAAACCAAAAUACCUCGAGCUCUUUCUUGUUGUUGAUAACCGCGCGUAUAAGAAGAUGAAGCAAGAUAUGACAGCAGUGAGAAAAAGGAUGUACGAAAUUGUCAACUUUGUCAACAUGGUGUACAAGCCCCUGAGGACUUUCAUUGCUCUGGUGGGACUGGAGAUCUGGUCCAAUAGUGACUUGAUCUCUGUAACCCCCCCAGCCAGGGACAACCUUGAUGCUUUUAUGGAGUGGAGGAACACUGAGCUGGUCAAGAAGAAAAAGCAUGACAACGCACAUCUCAUCAGUGGUAUUGACUUUGAAGGAGCAACUGUGGGACUGGCCUUCAUUGGGUCUUUGUGCUCUGGUCAUUCUGUUGGGGUUGUACAGGAUCACAAUGACCAGACCAUUGCAGUGGGAGCGACACUGGCCCAUGAGAUGGGCCAUAACCUGGGUAUGGACCAUGAUGACUCCAGUGGCUGUAUUUGUUCUGGAGAUAGCUGCAUCAUGGCUGCAGCCCUCAGCUGGAAAAUCCCUCGCAGUUUUAGUAGCUGCAGCAGCAGCAACUACGAGAAAUACCUGACAAGUCGCACCCCCAGCUGCCUGCUGGACAAACCAGACUACAGGGGUCUGGUGGCUCCUUCAGUCUGUGGGAACGGUUUUGUGGAGAAAGGAGAACAUUGCGACUGUGGAACUCUAGAGGAGUGCAUAGAUCCAUGCUGCAAUGCCACCACCUGCACCCUGAAGGAGGGUUCACAGUGUGCUGAAGGCGAGUGCUGUGACAACUGUAAGUUUUUACCUCGAUCCAGGGAGUGCCGGGAGAAGCAGCAUGACUGUGAUCUAGCAGAGUACUGCGAUGGGAAAAGCAACACCUGCCCUGAGGAUGUCUUUGCUGUGGACGGCCUCCCGUGUGAGGGAGGUGUGGGAUACUGCUACAACGGCCAGUGUCCGCAGAGGUCUAACCAGUGCAUCAAGAUUUUUGGAGAGACUGCUAUAGAGGCCCAUACUUCCUGCUACCAACAAAACAGAGAAGGAACAAAGUUUGGCUACUGCCGACGUCUCUCAAGGGAUCAGUUUGUCGCCUGCCAGACACAAGAUUUGACGUGUGGGAAGCUCUUCUGCCACUAUGGCAGAAGUGUCCCAAAUGCAGAGACAGUCAGGAGAGGUGACUGCAAGGCAUCUUUUUUUUCAGACAGCACCAGCGACUAUGGCCAGGUGGACACUGGGACUAAAUGUGGGGAUGGAAAGGUGUGUAACCAGAAUAAGUGUGUGAAUCUGGUGGUAGCUUACAGAAAUACAAACUGCUCAGCAAAAUGCUCCGGCCAUGCUGUUUGCAAUCACAUGAAUAAGUGUCAGUGUGAGCCUGGUUGGAUGCCUCCUAACUGCAAUUCACAGGAUGAAGCUUUCAGUUCGCUUUCUCCUGGGGCAGCCACUGCGAUCGCAGUGACAGUAAUAGUGCUCCUGUUUGUCAUUGCUGGUGUUGCAUGGUUCUUCUACAAAAAACAACAGAGUCCGGCAUUGCCAAUUGCGCACACCCAAAGGAAGCCGCAAGUAGUAUCAGCAACAAACAGUGCUUAUCAACCUAACAAAAGGGUAGUUCCCAGCCAACCCAUGCCAGCCUCACAGGCUCAAAGUCCAAAACCCAAAGGACCUCCACCUCCACCACCUCCAGCAGGGAACAGACCCAAACCCCAGAGCCAGAACUUCACGGCUGCUCGUAAGGGUCUGAGGCCAGUGCCUCCACCAAAGGUCAAUGUCUGACACAGUGCUAGCUUAUGUUCCGCUUUGGGACACUGGCAACCAAAGAAGAAGAGUCCUGUUUUGUUUUUUUAAGGGAUCCUGUCGUGACUGUUUCCUGUGCAAUCUGAAUCACCAGGAGUUUGAUGUGCAGACUGCAGCAGGGACAAAACCGGGCUCUAAGUGUUACUGAGAGCCAUGCACUGAGGACUUGUUAUUACAGGGAUGAACUUUAUGUUUUUUCA